UUUGACCAUUAGGCAUUAGUCUAGAUUUAAUUUGUGUGACGAGAUUUUGACAACAUGAAGCUAGUUCUUAUUCUCUUCUUUUCUUACAUCUUAAAUCUUGUCAGAGGUGAACCUAGGUUCCUUAAUCCUUGCCUAGAUUCCGUGUGUCUAUCACAAACAGUGACUUAUAAGUGUGAAAGUGGAUCACCAUUUCUUCUAAGGUGGAGAGUACUUGAUACUAAUGGUCGUCAGUAUGCUUUAACAGUGGCGUAUAUAGAUGGAAAUAGUAUAAGUAGGAUAGAUCCUAUUGGUAAUGAAUUCACUACUGUGCUGAUUAAUACAACUGGUGUAAUUGUUUCUACUAUAACAUUCACUGCUGUGAUAAACAUCAAUAAUUACCUUAUUGAAUGUGGACCGGAUUUUAUCACACUAGUUAACUGUUCUAUAGUGAUACCAGAUAUUCUACCUGCUCCUGUUGCUAAUCCCCUCACUUUUGGUUCUACUCAUUUUACCUUCUCUUGGUCACCAUCAACUGGUCAAUGUUUCACCAAUUAUACUGUUAGCAUUACUAGUUCAGUUAGUAAUGUUACAUACGUGACUAAUGAUACUAGUCUGGUUAUACCUAUAUCUAAAUCAUUUAAUGAUACAGAAUAUUCUGUUAGUAUAGGAGCUGUUGAUACUGGAGGUAGAUAUAUGAGCUCUGCAGUGAUAAGAUUUAUACCUAAUGCUCCUUUAUCUGUUACUAAUCUGAUGUUAACACAAACUGAUUAUCCAACUGAUACUAAUGAAACUGUUAACAUUAUUGUAUCAUGGAAUGAACCACAAUCAUCAUCUCGUCCUCCUAUAACUCAAUAUAAUGUUAAGUAUAACAUUUCUAAUGGACUUCAGAUUAUACCAACUAAUGUUACUUCACAAACUCUGUCUGGUUUUUCAGUUGGUUUAGUGUAUACUGUUUCAGUGGAGGCUGUUAAUGUAUUAGGAACUGGUACUGUUACAUUAGCUACAAUAACUAUUGUACUUGCUUCACCACCACCACCUGAAAUAUCUUCAACUAGUACAUCUAUGUCUCCCUCUAAUUCAGGCAUUAUUAGCUCAACUCCUAGUAUGACUCCAUCAAACACUCCUACUCAAGAACCAUCACGACUUAGUGCUGGUGCUAUUGCUGGUAUAGUAAUUGUCACCAUUGGACUGGCACUGGCAGUUUCGGUUAUAUUAGUGAUUGCUAUUGUAUGUUAUGUUAAGAAAAAAAAUGAAGACACAAAAUCUUCUGUUCCUCCUCAAAUGAUUGAAGCUUAUAACUAUGCUCAAGUAGACUACUCUGCUAAAUCAUCUUCCUCUACGAUACAAGCUCCUCCAAAACCAGCAAAAGCAAUUUCACCUGAAGCUGAUAAUCAUGUUUUAUAUUCUGCCAUUCAAAAAUCGGCAGCAUCUCAUAACCCACCACCACCUCCAGAGGGUACUGAGUAUGCUGAUCUUGAUCAUAAUUCUUCGUCGUCUGGUAGACGUCACCAGAGACCCAAGGACACCAGUAAUCAAGUCACGUAUUCUCAUGUGACCCAUCAUCAUGAUAGACGCAGAGUGAGGGGAAGUAACCAUGGAAACUAUUAUUAAUUAAUUACUGAACUACGUUGAACUAGUAUAAACACACUGUCUUGUUUUGCCUUUUAUGUGUUCUAAUAAUAUGAGGAUGAUGUGUAGCGUAUGCAUGUAUGCUCAUGAUGUCCAUUUGUAUGUUAUGGUGCGCAUUAUGUAUUAUCAUAUGCUUAGUGUCAGCUGCCCUGUACUAUACACUGCUAUAUCUUUGUCAUUGAUGGUAUUAAUGUGUACACAUUUGUGUUAUUCAACUAGAA